AAAGGAACACGAGUUAACGCUUAAUAUUCCGGUGUAGCAAAAUAUCCUACCUAGCCAAUAUCUGCCAUCGACCCGCGUUCGACUGUCCUCGUUUCCGUCGAAGCUCGGAACGAACACGCUCUCGUUUCACUCCGACGUUGUUGCAGCAUGACGCGGAUCUUCACCCGCUGAGCUCCACCCGCUGCUAGUGUCGGUGCGGCGGCGACCAUGGCCGACACGGAGGAGUCGCCUCUCCGGAUCACUCCCACCGUCCGGGCGCUGAGCUCCGCACUGCGGGCCACGCGUGGAAAUGUUCACGGCUGCGUCCGGAGAGGAGUCGGCGGCGACAAGACGUUCCCCGAGCCGGAGAAACUGUGGUUUAAGGAGAGCAGCGCCAAGAACCUCCGAAGCAGAGACUUCUUGUCGGCCAGCACCAUGCUCAACACUCUCUAUGCGGACGGACAGGUCCCUCCAGCAGUGAUGACCAGGGUCCUGUCAGUGUGCGGCCGCGGCGUCCUCCCAGUGGCGGGUGGAGAGGUGAUGGAUGAAGGUCUGAGGGUGAGGGUGGACCGGGCCGCCGCUUUCAGGGCCGUGCUGGCAGGCGGCGCUACAGAGUACCUGGCGCCCAGUGCCCUGAGGCAGGGCUGUGUGGUGCUCAACUGUCCCGCCCUGCACCCUAAACCCAACCCCCCUACUCCUGACAGCCUCACUCUGGGUCAGCUGAGGACCAUUCUAUUGGCUGACCACAUGGGGGCACUGUUGAGAGGGCAAGGAUUUUCAGUGUCCCUCUGCCCCGUGCUCCCGGAAGACAGCGACAUGGUCAACUUCCUCCGCACUCUGGGCAUCGACUGGCCCACGUGCCCGGCCGACUGGACCAACGAGGAGCGUGAGGAGAAGAUCCAGGAAGCGUUGGAGAAGUCCGCGUACAGAGAGAGAGACACGGAGAGAGGCAGGAGGACCAGCGCAGGGCGAGGGAGGAAGAAGGCGGACGAGGGCGAGAACGAAGCAGCGGUCCGGGUUAACUUGAAGCGAGUGUUUCAGGACGAGGGGCUGCAAGGAUACGAUCCCAGCCUGGGAACAUGCACAGUACACAGAGACAGUGUCUCCCACCUGGCACAGCUGGACUUGGCGACAGCUGACUGCACCGUCGCCAUGGCGACCGCCUUGCACGUGACCUCCUGUCAGGAUGAGUUCCGCCAGCAGCAGAUAGCGAUGCUGUGGAGAGCCAGCGGAGCGAUGCACACACAGAGACAUCUGGUGUGUGGGCCUGUGAAGACUCCUGCUUCUCAGCUCUCUGCUGCACAGUACCUGCAACUGAGAAGAGGUCAAAUGAAGGAGGCCUCCGAGAUGAAGUAUGGAGAUCAAGUAGAAGGUCAGACAUGGGAUGACAUCAUCAGGGUGAUGACCUCUGCUACAAUCAGAUUCGAGCUGCUAUCCACCGUCCACACCAGCCCUGUGACUCUGGACGUCCAAAGGGAAGGGGGCGUGUCCACUAAAGGGCCGCGAGGAGGAGUGUUUGUGAUGUACAACUGCGCCCGACUGCACACGCUAUUUGACAGCUACGAUAGAGGAGUGGAGAAAGGUCUGUACCCAGAAAUCCCAGAUGGUUCAGAACUGGACUUCUCUGCCCUCAAAGAAGAGGGCGAGUGGCUCCUCCUCUUCAAUUACCUCAUUCCCUUUUCUGAGCUGCUGGACCAAUCAGGGCAGGCGUUAGACUGUGAAGGAGGCGGGGCUAGAGUCAAUCUUAAAACGGAGCAGGUGGAACAGGAACCUCAUGCUGGUGUUUUCCAUGAACCGCUGCCUCACCUCUUCAACCAGAUGUUCUGCCGCCUGUAUCUCUUGAGAGCCUUGCGAGAGCUCUACCACAGCGCCCUAGAAACACUCAACCUUCCCCCCAUCCCGCAACUAUAGCCUCGCCGCCUUUCUCUCUUUCUCUCUCUCUCUCUCUCUGUCCCUCACUCACUCACUCACGCAUUCCACCAGUUAUGACCUCCCUGCUUUUUUAAAUUCAGUGUUGAAAUUAUAUUACUGUACAGUCAAUGAGAACAUUCUCUUUACUGCUCACUAUGCACCCAAACUCACCAUAAAGAAAACAAUGCCAAAUGUAUGCACCAGUAUUUCCCCUAAAAUGUCGGUUUUUGCUGUAGUUUCUACAAACCCCGUUUCCAUAUGAGUUGGGAAAUUGUGUUAGAUGUAAAUAUAAACGGAAUACAAUGAUUUGCAAAUCAUUUUCAACCCAUAUUCAAUUGAAUAUGCUACAAAGACAACAUAUUUGAUGUUCAAACUCAUAAAUUUUAUUUAUUUUUGCAAAUAAUAAUUAACUUAGAAUUUCAUGGCUGCAACACGUGCCAAAGUAGUUGGGAAAGGGCAUGUUCACCACUUUGUUACAUGGCCUUUCCUUUUAACAACACUCAGUAAACGUUUGGGAACUGAGGAGACACAUUUUUGAAGCUUCUCAGGUGGAAUUCUUUCCCAUUCUUGCUUGAUGUACAGCUUAAGUUGUUCAACAGUCCGGGGGUUUCCGCUGUGGUAUUUUAGGCUUCAUAAUGCGCCACACAUUUUCAAUGGGACUACAGGCAGACCAGUCUAGUACCCGCACUCUUUUAUUAUGAAGCCACGUUGAUGUAACACGUGGCUUGGCAUUGUCUUGCUGAAAUAAGCAGGGGCGUCCAUGGUAACGUUGCUUGGAUGGCAACAUAUGUUGCUCCAAAACCUGUAUGUACCUUUCAGCAUUAAUGGCGCCUUUACAGAUGUGUAAGUUACCCAUGUCUUGGGCACUAAUACACCCCCAUACCAUCACACAUGCUGGCUUUUCAACUUUGCGCCUAUAACAAUCCGGAUAGUUAUUUUCCUCUUUGGUCCGAAGAACACAAGGUCCACAGUUUCCAAAAACAAUUUGAAAUGUGGACUUGUCAGACCACAGAACACUUUUCCACUUUGUAUCAGUCCAUCUUAGAUGAGCUCAGGCCC